GAGCUCAGAGGUUCUGGCGCGCGCACGGAGCAGCGUCUUUAGCUUCGCUCUGCCCGCCGCCCAGCGCGCAGCUCGCCGCCUGCACACCCGAGGUUGUACCCCCUCUUUGGGGCACUGAGUUGCCAGGGACUCUGAGAAGAGCUCUUGCCGCUGUUUGCCAGGAUGCCUACAAGGAAGGCGCGUAAGUCUGGGCAGCCGAGCCCCACGCGAGCCCCGGCAGGCCCCACAGGGACUUCAGAGCUUGAGGCUGAGUGUGCCAUUCAAAUUAGGAGAAUUGGAGACAAACUGAAUUUCCGGCAGAAACUUCUGAAUCUCAUAGCCAAACUCUUCCGCUCAGGAACCUGACUGCUCCAGGAGCCUCUGGAUGAGGAGACCCCCUUAAAAUGGAAGGUGUUGAUCCCCAUCAAUUAGAGGAGAGACUGCCUUGACGUGGAGAGCAAUGUGAGGGCACUCGUUUGCUUUUGGAUGCCCUUGGAAACGAAGAUAGAAUACGUCAAAAAUGAAUUUCUGUUGGAGGUUUCCCAGAAGUCAUUCUUUGGGAUAUGAGAACAUUGUAAAACCACUUUGUUUAUUUUGAAACAAGAAUGGAGGAACUUUGAAAAUAGGGAAUUAAGUAUGUAUACAUUUUGUUUUGCUUAGGGAAUCGUUGUAGUAUUUUUGCUGAAAGUUGCUGCUCAGCCUAGCAUAAAGAGGAAUUGACAAAUGGUUAGACUUGGUGGGGUCAGCAAACGGAGGAUGUUCAGUGUUUGCUUCUACUUUUGGAUGACGACUCCAGAACAGUGUAUAUUUGGUUUAUAUAUAUAAUCUUUUUAAAAGUAAAAGUUUCCUUCUGAGAACACUGAAUGUCAUAGUGAAUGUCGAUUUUAUAGGUCACUACAAAAUAUAAAAUAACCUGGUAGUUUGUUUCUUUUGACUCAAAAUGUAUUGCUUCUGUUCAGAGGACCUUUCAUUAAAUGUGUUCCUGUGGGCCACAACUGGAAAGUGUCUACUUUGAAAAAACUCGAUAGACGUAUAGGAAUGUUACUUGGUGCCAGUAAAAUUCUUGCAGGUUGAAUAUUGACGGAUAAAGAGUAUGGGGAUUUUUGCACAACCAGGAAUAAUGAAAAAAAAAAUGAAUUCGAUUUUUUACUGUUGUAAUUAAAACUUUGCAAAACAAAUGCUCUAUAGUAACUGUUGGUAAGGAGAUGAACGUGUUUCCUACAGAAGUUUUUAAAAUCUAUAAAAUGCCCUUUCUCAUGCUAGUCAACUAGUAAGCAGCCUAUAUAAAGUGAUCUUUUAGGAGAAAUUAAGCAUGUUUCAUAAUUGGGAUUUACUUUUUUUUUUAAAAAAAGGAACAGAUUGCUCAUCCAGAAUGAAAAUCCAUUUACAUACAUGAAUAUAUAUACACAUAUAUAAUUUGCAUUAGAGUAAUAUUAAUAUGUAGAGUCUGAGAAGAGUUUCACGUAUUUCAUUUUUUUAAAAUUAUUAAGAGGCCAGGCUGUCAAAAAAGUCCCCAAAUAUAUGAAAAAGAAGUAAUAAUGUCAUGAUUAAAUUUCAGCAGGAAUAAUUUUAUUUAUUUUACCUAUUUAUAAUUAAAAUAUUUUUUGUUUAGUUUAAAAUGUCUGUUAGUGAAAAUUUCAGUUUUGGGUUAUGAGACUAGGGUUUCAUAACUACUUGAACUUUUACAGUAAGAAUGUUUUAAUAUAGGCUGUAGUCACUUUAGAUGAAAAAUUACCUCAGCAUCUGUUUUCCUUCAGUAUUACUUAAAGCUGUUAGUUUAUUUAGUUGCAAAGUUUUUGGUUUUUUUGCUCUCUCUGCCUAGAGGCAGAUACUUUGCUAUAUGGAUAUUUAUGGCCUGUAACUCUAUUUAUACAUAUAUAUUCAUUAAACCUGAUACUGUAAACUAUUA